GCAGCAGCAGAAAGAGUUGUUGGUGUUGUUUCUCUCUCUCGUAUAACCGACCCAACCAGUAGUAACGAAAUACUACUUGAGUUGAGAGCAGAGAAGAGAGAGAGAGAGAGAAGCCACAGACGAGACUUACAAAACAAUUUUGCAGUUUUUUAUUUUUAGGGUUUAACUUCGAACUAAAGAGGAAGAGGCAGUCCAAGAGGAAGUAGCAGAAGCAUCAGCAGCGGCCGAGUUUUUUUUAGGUUGGGAGUUUGUGGGAAGUUCACGUAUAAAAAGAUUGGGCCAGAACUUUCCUGUUCUGGGGUUGAGUUUUGAGAAGGCAUUGUGAACUUGGCGGGGUUUUGUUGGGUUAGUGGACUCUACUGCAAAUACAAUGGUGACCCAACCGAAGCUUCGUCUUAUUUCUUACUCAAAUGAACUCAUUGAUGGACAACCAAUAUAUGUUUCAUCGAAUGCUUUUCCUGCAAAAGCCUUAAAUCGUGAACCAGCAGGGCAUUCAUUCCAUUCAGCAGCGCUUCUGCUCUGUGGUUUUGGCAAGGAGGAAAAAGAAGUACAAGCAGAUGAUCAGAAUGUGUCCAGUGAUCAAAGCGAGUCUUAUUUCGCAUCUUCAGAGUCAUAUAGCAGUAAAGGGAAAAAGAAAUCUGGUGACGGGAAGGAUCAGCAGGACCACUAUGCUUUGUUGGGUUUGGGGCAUCUACGAUUUUUAGCUACUGAAGACCAGAUAAAAAAGAGUUACAGAGAGACUGCAUUGAAGCAUCAUCCUGACAAGCAAGCUUCCCUUCUACUUGGGGAGCUAACUGAAGCUGCAAAGGAAGCAAAGAAGGAUGAUAUAGAAAACCAUUUCAAGGCCAUCCAAGUAGCUUAUGAAGUCUUGAUGGAUCCAGUGAAGAGAAGGGUUUUUGACUCCACUGAUGAAUUUGAUGAUGAAGUCCCAGCUGACUGUUCUCCGCAGAACUUCUUUAAGGUAUUUGGUCCAGCUUUUAUGCGGAAUGGCCGGUGGUCAGUUAUCCAACCAGUCCCAUCCUUAGGUGAAGAAAACAGUUCCCUGAAAGAAGUGGACAGUUUCUAUGAUUUCUGGUACGGCUUUAAGAGCUGGAGGGAGUUCCCCCAUUCAGAUGAGUAUGAUCUAGAGGAAGCCGAGACUCGUGAUGAUAAGAGAUGGAUGGAAAGACAAAACUCAAAACUUAGAGAGAAAGCAAGGAAGGAAGAACAUGCACGUGUACGAUCUCUUGUGGACAAUGCCUACAAGAAGGAUCCAAGAAUUGCACGGAGAAAGGAAGAAGAGAAAGCAGAGAAACAGAAAAAGAAGGAAGCCAAGUACUUGGCGAAGAGGUUGCAGGAGGAAGAAGCAGCUAGGGCAGCUGAAGAAGAGAGACUCCGGAAGGAGGAAGAAGAUAGGCAGGCUGCUCUGGCUGCUUCGAAUCAGAAGAAGAUAAAAGAGAAAGAAAAGAAGCUCUUGCGCAAAGAGCGUGCACGUUUACGUACUGUUUCAGCGUUAGUGGUUUCCGAACGUUCUUAUAAGGUCACUGAAGAUGAUGUUGAGAGUCUAUGCAUGUCAUUUGAUAUUGAUCAGCUAAAGAGUCUUUGCAGUGAGCUUGAAGAAAAAUCAGAAGUGUGUGGCCGUGCCCGUAUUCUUAAAGAUGCCCUUGGAAGGACUGAUGAGGAGUGCAUUGAGGUUAAGAAAGUAGAGGUGAAGAACCAGCAACCAAAUGGUUAUCACGAGACUGAUAUUAAGAAAGUAGAGAUGAAGAACCAGCUUCCAAAUGGUUCAAGUGUGCAAGUCAAGGUGGAGAAUCCAUUACAAAGCUAUGAAAAGAAAGAUAAACCUUGGAGCAAAGAAGAGGUUGAACUCUUAAGGAAAGGAAUUCAAAAAUUCCCUAAAGGAACUUCUAGAAGAUGGGAGGUUAUCUCAGAGUACAUUGGUACAGGGCGAUCUGUAGACGAGAUUCUUAAGGCAACAAAGACGGUACUUCUCCAAAAACCUGAUUCAGCAAAAGCGUUCGAUUCAUUCCUAGAGAAGAGAAAGGCGGCUCCAUCAAUUGCAUCCCCACUCACCACCAGGCAAGAAUCUGAAGGGAUAGUGAGUAGUCCUACUAAUGGUCCAGAAGCUAAUGGUCACAAAAGUGUUAGUCCUGAAAAGCCUUCAAGUGUUAGUAAUGGAGUCCAGCAAAGUUCUGAGAGUGAAAUAGACUCAAAUGGGGUCUCUUCAGGCAUAAAUGCAGAAGCAUGGUCUGCUGUUCAGGAAAGGGCUUUGGUUCAGGCUCUGAAAACGUUCCCUAAAGAAACGAAUCAGCGUUGGCAACGUAUCUCGGCGGCAGUUCCAGGUAAGACUGUGGUUCAGUGCAAGAAGAAAUUUGCAUCCAUGAAAGAGAGUUUCCGGAACAACAAAAACUAGUUUUAUUAGCUUGUUUUGGCUUGGUAUAAUGGAUUGUCAUGGGCACUGUGACAAUCUCCUUAAUACGGUAUCAUCAAAUCUCUUUCAUAUUAUUCUUUUCGAAUUUAGAUCUCCCUUCUCAUGUCUCGUUUCCAGCCAUUCACUAUUUUGGUACCGUCUAUAUGUUAUUUUUGCUGGAGGGGAUUGCAGUAUCUAUCUCCGUACAAUUAACUUAUCCAAUUAUUGUUAGACAAAGAGGUAUAGCUUUUUCUAAGCUAAAGAUAUAUUGAGGAAAUAUUAGGCAGCUUUUCGUACUUGUCUUUCCUGCUUCUUCUGUUUAUUAGAAACAAAUGCAUAUGAAUGAUUAACUUGUUGGUAUGAUCAUUAUCUACAGUGGGUCUUGCUGCCUGUAUAUGUAUGUGUUUGAAUAGUUUCGUACUUAAUUAAUGGCCGUGCAGUAUCAUUGGUGUUA